AUGACUUCCCGAUCGACGGCGAGGCGACGCCAGACCCUGCGAGAGACGCAUGCCGUUCAGAAGAAUGGCGACCCAGUGACCCCAAAGGUGAUUAAUGCUGGGCCUUCGCUCGAAAAGGCCCAGAUGUACGGCAUCACCGACCAGCGACCCGCCUAUUCCAAACUCGUGGGCCUCGCUGGCCGCAUCUUCAUUGAGACGAUUCCUCAGUGGCUGGCCGUUGGGGCCAUGCUGAGUCUCAUCUUUGGGGGUUGCUGUUCCAAUGUAUUUGCUCUCGAAGCAAUUAUCAAGGUCGAGCCUGCUAGUGGAACUCUUCUCACAUUCGUCCAAUUCCUCUUUGUUGCCAUCACCGGCUACGUCUCUCAGUUCGACAGCUCACGCCCGCCGUUCUUCAUUGCGCCAAACAAGGUCCCGAUCCGCCGCUGGCUCAUCAAUAUCGUCCUAUUCUUCGGCAUCAAUGUGCUCAACAAUCAUGCCUUUAGCUACGACAUAUCUGUGCCCGUUCACAUUAUCCUCAGAUCCGGCGGCAGCAUUACUACCAUGAUUGCUGGAAGUCUGUGGGGCAAGAAGUACUCACGAAUUCAAGUGGUCGCCGUACUUCUCUUGACCACUGGCGUAAUCACAGCUGCCUGGUCGGAUGCACAGUCCAAGGGCAAGCCGACAGAUGAGACUAGUGAAUCGUCUUCGACCUUCAGCAGAGGGCUCAUUAUACUAUUUGUUGCGCAAUCCCUCUCGGCCGUCAUGGGACUCUAUACUGAGGAAACGUACAAAAAGUAUGGCGGCCAUUGGAAGGAAAAUCUAUUCUACUCCCAUCUGCUCUCGCUGCCUUUGUUCCUACCCUUCAGCACUUCGCUUUACCGGCAAUUUAUGAGACUUGCCAACAGCCCGCCGUUGACUCUGCCGGCAUACGUAGAACAGCUUGCGCUGCCUGCCAAUAUGCCUAACUCGAUCCGCGACAGUCUGAAGGAAAUCCACAUACCCAGCCAGGUCGUCUUCUUGGCGCUUAACGUGCUAACGCAGUACGCAUGUAUUCGUGGCGUCAACCUACUAGCAGCGGUCUCGUCGGCGCUGACCGUCACUAUCGUGCUCAACAUUCGGAAGUUGGUGAGUCUGCUACUGAGCAUCUGGCUGUUCGGAAAUCGCCUAGCUCCUGGAACAUUGGUUGGCGCGAUCGUGGUGUUCUCCGCGGGCGGCUUGUACUCCCUGGACUCCGGGCCACGAUCGGGAGCACCCAGACACAAAAAGACGGGUUAA